ACCUUUCUUCUACAUGAUUGUGAUCUGAAUUCUGAAAUAUAGUAAACGUGCGAACACCAGCUCUCGUGCGAUAAUUUUCAUUACGGCCUUCUCUAAUGGCGAUGAUGAUAAUCUAGACCAUUUUAGGUCUCCACUUUUCACAGCUCAACUCUUUCAAUACACCCAACUUAUAUAUAUAUAUAUAUGUGUGUGUGUGUUACUUUAAUCAAUCUCUUCUUUACACUUUUCAACAACGGAGCUGUACCAUGUCUUCGUUGACCCUUAAACCCUUCUUUCCCACCACUAAAUUCUCUUUCCCCCCACCAUCUUCGUCUUCUUUCUUUGCUUUUCCUCGCUUCUCUUCAAUUUCCUUCCCUUUGAAGCCCAGAAAUGGUGUCUCCUUCCGACUUCGUGCUUACGACUCUUCCAAGAGCGACAAUUCCGAUGCCUCCUCUGCUGAUUCCAAGCCUCCCAACGGUACUUUGCCAAAAACUCGGAGAGACAUCCUGCUGGAAUAUGUUAAAAAUGUCCAGCCAGAAUUCAUGGAAUUGUUUGUUCAGAAGGCACCACAACAGGUUGUGGAAGCAAUGCGCCAAACAGUCACAAAUAUGAUUGGAACUCUACCUCCACAGUUUUUUGCAGUUACUGUCACCACAGUUGCUGAAAAUCUUGCACAGCUCAUGUAUAGUGUAAUGAUGACUGGAUACAUGUUUAAAAAUGCUCAAAAUCGCUUAGAACUGCAGCAAAGUUUAGAGCAGGUUGCUCUCCCAGAACCAAAGGAUGAAAAGGAUGAUUCAAAUUAUGCAGCUGGUACUCAAAAGAAUGUCACAGGUGAAGUUAUCAGGUGGAAUAAUGUAUCUGGUCCGGAGAGUAUUGAUGCUAAAAGGUACAUAGAAUUACUUGAAGCAGAGAUAGAGGAACUGAAUCGUCAAGUGGGUAGAAAAUCUACAAAUGGGCAAAAUGAACUCUUGGAAUAUCUCAAAACACUUGAACCCCAAAAUCUCAAGGAGUUGACAAGUAGCGCUGGUGAGGAUGCUGUAGUUGCAAUGAAUACAUUCAUAAAGCGCCUAUUAGUGGCUUCAGAUCCAGGUCAAAUGAAGACAAGUGUAACGGAGACAACAGCACCAGAGCUGGCGAAGCUUCUGUAUUGGCUAAUGGUGGUCGGGUACAGCAUUCGCAACAUUGAAGUUCGAUUUGACAUGGAAAGGAUUCUGGGGAGUUCACCUAAGCUGGCAGAAUUACCUCCUGGAGAAAUUGUGUAAGCCAGCAAGCUAGGUAAGGAAUUAAGCACUAGAAGGCCUGAAAUUUGAGUUUUUGAUAGGCCUUCAGCUGGAAGCCAUUAUAUAAGUUCAUAGACAACUAAACUAUAUGUUCAUUGUUUGGAAAGUGGAAACGUCUUCAUUGCCACCCACUGUUUAACUUUUACGACCCUUUUGUAAACGUAAAAGAAUGAAGUUUCUUGGACUGUUGUAAGUUUUGCAACUUGAGAUUCAGCACACAUUAACUAUAUAAAAAAUUUUACUCUCACGUUUUAUUUA